AUGAAAAGAGCGCUGCUGCGGGGCCUUUUUUUUCUCCUCGUGUUUCUGCACCUUCUUCUGUUCUCAUCAUCAUCAUCAUCAUUCGCAUCGGCCGACAACAAAGACGAUGAAAAUAAGAAGAAAAGACCGUCGUUUCCUGCGUUGUCGCUGCUCUCGGGGGAAGAAGACAACGAAGUAUCUGACGAUUCGCUCUUCUUCUUUGGCGGCGAAAAAGGGGGAGAAUCUUCUUUAGCAAAGCAGAAGAAGUUUUCUCAUCAUCGAGAACGAGAUGAUGAUUCUUUUAAGCCAAUUUUGAGCAAAGAGGAAAAAUCUCGCGGCGUGUUGAUCGUCUGCUCGGAGUUUGCCGGUCUCGUACCGAACGGCGGGAUUGGAACGUUUUAUACCUCCCUGGCGAACGUUUUAUCGUCGAAAGAAGACGAAGAAGGAAAAGAGGAGAGAUUUUUUAACGUGACUUUAGUGUACACGCAAGGACGAAAAGUACACGGGAAGAUUCAUAAAAAGUUGCGCGACGAAGAGGAUGACGACGACAAAAGACGACGCGCGGAGGAUCCGUUUACGCAAUGGCAAGAGUAUUACAAAGAUCGGUUGAACGUGAACUUGGUUCCGCUCCCGCCGCACCGCGUUUCCGGGAUAACGUAUCACGCCGCAACCUCUUACGCGGUUUUAGAUUGGAUUUUACUGGAACAAGCCAAGACGAACAAACCGUUCGACGUGAUACAUUUUGCGGAUUGGCAAGGCGUCGGGUAUUACAGUUUGUUGCACAAGAAGAGCGGUUUAGGAUUGAAGAACUCGUUGUUGAUGGUGAUGACGCACGGGCCGUUGCUUUGGGCGCGGAAAGCGAACGAGGAGAAGAUUGAAUCAGUGGAGGAUUUAGAAAGUCAUUUUUUAGAGAUGAAAAGCGUAGAGUUAGCGGACGUGGUCGUCUCUCCGAGCGAGUAUUUGUUAGAUUGGAUGGAAGGGGAGGCGGGAUGGACGCUGGCGGAGAACGCGUUCGUGCAGCCGUACGUUUUGCCGGUGGAGGCGAAAGAAGCCGUGAGAGAGGCGCUGGACGUGGAGAAGUACGUCAGAGAUCGGUUGGGUUAUACGAGUACAGGCGAAGGAGGAGGAGAGAGAGUAGAUGUGAAGGAAUCCAUAGCAGGUAAGAUUACGUCUUGGUUAAGGAGCGCGCUGAUGGGGGAAAAGAAAAUAGAAGAAGAGAACGUAGAAGUAGCAGUAGAAGAGAAAGAGAAAGAAACGGACGACAAUGAAGACGAACGAGAAGAAUCAGCCACCAUCGAACCAAUUCAGGAGUUUGUCUUUUUCGGACGAUUGGAAACGCGAAAAGGUGUUAUUUUGUUCUGCGACGCCAUCGACGCUUUACUUCGUAAACUCGACGUGAAACCGUUCAAAGUCACUUUUUUGGGUUCCGAUAGAAACAAAAUCGAUCGCGAACCGUCGAAACGCUUCGUCGAGCGUCGUUCGCGUCCGUGGCGAGAGGAGAAAAACAGAGCAAAAGUGACAGAAGUGAACGUAUUCACGGAGAAGAACUCCGCGGAAGCGUUGCGGUAUUUACUCGAGAAAGGAAAGAGGCGGUUGGCGGUGUUGCCUUCGCUGGUGGAAAAUUCACCGUUGAGCGUGUUUGAGUUGUUCGGCGUGAACGCGCCGUUCAUCGCUUCCGACGCCGGUGGUAUGCCUGAGCUCGUGAAGCGAAGAACAAACGUUGUUUUAAGCAAGUAUGAAAAAAAAGAGUUUGACAUUUUGUUCCCAAGAAAUUCCGUCAACGCGUUGUCGGAAAAGUUGAGAGAGAUUUUAGACCACGGCUUUGUUACGAACGCCUUUGAAAGCACCGUCGAUGUCAUCAAAAACGAACAGAGAUGGGUGCAGUUUCACAAAGAUGUGGCCAUGUCGCGCGAAUUGAUGCUCAAAUCUUCACCUUCUUCCUCCUCCCCAGGCGCCGCAGUUCUUCGGAGAAUGAAGAAAAUUACGGAGGAAUCCGAGAUGGUUCGUGACAUCGUCGAUAUGAGAGCGCACAACGUCUCCAAAGGCAUACUCAUCGUUGUCGCCACGAGAGACGUGGACGAGAAACUCGCGAGAACGUUAAAAUCCAUUUCCAAACAGAAACACGUGAAACCGAAAGCUGUCGUCGUGUGCACCUCGAGCGAGCGGAACCCAGCGUUUCAUCAAGUGGACAAAGACAGCAAAAAUCUCGAUUACGAUUUGAGUGUGGUUGAAAAGAUUGGCGCCUCGUUGGCAGUCUGUCGUAAUUUUGCAUUCAAAACGGCCAUUUUGAAUCGAGAGAAGAAUGGCUUCAGCGAAAUUGCAUUUGUGGAUGCCGGGAACGUGUUGGAGCCGCACGCGUUGCGCGUGUUUCAAUCCGCUUUGUUUCGGUUCGAUGCGAACGUUGUGACCUCGUUCGCGCACGUCUACGACGGGACCUCUGCGCUCGCCGAAGAUGCGGAUAUCCGGAAGUUAACCUCGGCGAAUAUGCGCCAAUUUCAACCGUUCUUAGGCGCGGCAUUUCCAGUCGCUACGACGAGAAAUUGCAUGGGCGGUCCGGUAUUCAUGGUCACUUUAAACUCAUUAAUCAAUCACGCCGGUUUGGUCUUAUUCGACAAAAGUCACUCGGAUGGCUACGACGUGUGGGAGAUUCUCUCACGAUUGACAUUAAACGGCGCGAAAUUAGAGGUCAUUCCUCGAGCCAUGUUCUGGACUGGAUCGGUUAUGAAAGGGACUAAAUAUACCAAAGACGACCGCGCAGGUCGUUUCGCGACGGAAAAAUUAAGAGAAGCGGUCAAGAAAGCGCCUUCGCCGGCGGAAUUUCGCCCGAUUUUUCGAGAAGAGAAGGAAAAGGAUGAACUGUAA